AUGCCAACCUCCCAGAACCUCGAUCCACAAAGCGCACACGAUGUACUCUUUCGCCAAGCAUGUGCAUUGCAUGCUCGCUCACAGAGUCUACUUGCGGAUAUUGAUGAGAUAAUUUCCCAAGCGGACACCGUCGGAGCAACCGCGAGAUCUACGCUCGCAGGAGGACUACACAAACUCAGGUCAGUUACCAGAGCUGAGAACAAAUUCCUUGAAAAGCUAGUCUCCACCCCAACUUCCAUUCGACCUGCACACACAUCCUGUUCCAACAUCCCUUACCUCAGUGCCGUCUUUCGCCUUGUUCGAACUGAACCAGGUGUGACCCACGUCUUUCAUACCUUUAAUUAUGCGCACGAACCAGGUGGGCCCCGCCGGGAGUCGAUAAGAGUAGAUAUAGUGGCACAGAAAGGACAACAAUGGAUCAAAGUAAAAGCGUCCGCGUUAAAAGGAUUCCAGAAUGACCUUUGCGACGAGGAGGAAGAAGAAAGUGAAGAAGAGGAAAACUCUACGCCAAGCUCGAAUGAUGAUUCGAACAAGACACUUCAGGCGAAUGGAAGGACCGUACUUGAUGGAUUUUCUCCUCCGACUUUACCUAUUUAUCAACAAGCAAAAAGACUGCUAAUGGCAGCGGAGCAGAACUCUCUCCAUUAUCAGACGCCGACAGUGGUCAUGAAGUUUGUAGGAAAGGAGGAGGUGGACAUGCGUGUACAGGAUACUCUGCGCUCAAUGGGCAUUCUGGUGGAGAUACAUGGAGAUAAUGCAAACAUCGACCCAAAAGAGCUUGGAAAGACCUACAACGAUUCGCAGAUCCGCAAUGGGCCACCGGAUCCUUCGUCCACAAAUAGGGGACCUCCCUCAUUUAACAACGAAGCCUCCGUCAGUAGAUUACAAACAGAUGCCACUCUUCAUCCAGGAAUCGCUGACACAUUGAAUCUCGAUGUGACAACCCUCAUCGCUCUCGUCACUGACAUAACACAUCGAUUGGACACCAUCCCUGUGGCUGCAUUCGAUAUCCCGUCGCUCCAGCUCCAGGCUUCUCAAGAGACUCGACGACCCCUCUUACCCACUCUGCGCGAUAUGUUCCACACACGCUACCUUGUAACGACCUCCACUGCACUCCGCAAAUUUGUCGACAUUCUCAAGGUUCUAGGUGGCCCAACGGAGCAGCUUCGAGCGAAGAAUCUAAUAAUACCUGGAGAAUUAGCAACGGACGUCAUGGCGGAGUUGGAGGAUUAUGGAUCAAAUACGGCAGCAGAAGACGACGCAUCUGAUGUACGCGUUCACGUCAUCGAAGACAGUGCCUCAGAGAGAUUUGUUCAUCUUGUUGGUGCUCGCGGAACUACUGGGAAAAUUCAGAAGCAUCAUGUAGCGGUUUUUGGAACUGGUGAUCGCUUGAGGGCAACCACCGUCACAGCGAAUGCGUGGGUAGAACGGACGCUAUUGGACGCGGGUCUUGGAGAACUAAGUCUAUGGAUACACGAGCCACGAUCCCUCGUAGAACUUAGGGUGAAAAAGUAUAGGGAAACAGAAUGUGGUGAAGCUACGGAACCUACUGCUACAUAA